AUGGCUCCCGCUCCAGCGGCCAUGGAUGUUGACCACGAGGGUGCUGGCGGUGGAGCCAGGAACCAGAGCACCAUGGUGGUGGUGAAAUCUGAGGCUGUCUGCACGAGCACUGACCCUCCGGUGGUCGAUCCUGAACCUGUGGAAGACGUGGGAGGUGAUACCACCGAAUGCUCGAGCUCGUUUGGUGACACCUGCUCUGGAGUUCAAGAUGCACCAGGCGAUGGUGAACCAGAAGUGAAUUCUGGCAUGUCUGCUCAUGCCAAUGGUAGCAGGCCCUGGAAGCCGCCUAGGAAAAAGGUGACGGCUGAGUGGAGGAAUUAUGUUCGUCCAAUUCUGUGGAGAUGCCAGUGGUUAGAGUUGCGUAUGAGGGAGCUCUCAUCUCAAGUAUCAAAGUAUGACAGGGAGCUUGCUCUAAACAAGAAACAAAAAGAAUUACAAGCAGCAAGCAAACCAAAUGGUUCUAUGUCAGAAUCUAUGCAGAUUCACAAAGGUCAUGGAAACAGUAUCAUGAAGAGGACAAAGCGGAAGAGGCAUGAAGAAAAUUUGGAUACUCCUUUGUACAUCAACAAGCACCAAAUAUUGUCAUACUACCAUGAUAAACAAAAUAAGGGAGCUGAAACUGAUGGUCUCUUAAUUGAUGACGAUUGUGGUAGUACAGGUGACAAUCUUGCUUACGUGUACUUGGUCAAGUCUCGAGUUCAUCUGCUUCGAGGUCGUCUCAGCAAGGCUCAUUAUGAAGGAAGAAAUUUGGCAUUUUCUGAGGGCAAUACUCAUGUCAGGGUGGCUCCGAAGAGACAGCAUACUCAAAAGCGCUCAUCUUAUACAGAAUGUAGAUAUACUAAACCACAGAAAAAGAAGAAUCUAAAUGUUUUGCUCAAGGAUGAUAGUGGACCAGCUCUUUCAGGGAGACCUUUGCCUGACAGGGAAACCGAUACUCCUAUAAAAGAUGCAGAUAGGAUUGCUGAAGAAAGAAGUGGAGAGGGCAAACACUUGAGGGAGAAAGCCAUAACAAUGGACCUUCUCUUGGGUAUUGGCAAUUACAUACCAAAUGGUUAUAUAGAGGAUUUAUGCAAAGAAAACGCUGACGAUAUCCUCAUAGACAAUCAAGCAACCAGUGAUGUCUGUCAGCAGUUUGACAAGGCCAAGCAUCUGCCUUCUGGAACUUCUUCCAAAGAACAGAACGUUUCUGCUCCAGUGGAAGUGAAGAACACUUGUGCUCCAGUAAAAGUUGAUAGCACUUGUGCUCCAGUGGAAGUAGAUACCACUUGUGCCCUAGCAGCGGGGCAAGAAUCAUCUGUUGAAAAGUCAACCUCAAAGGAGCCUGGCUCUUCUGGGAGCAAACAGGAACCGAACUCUAAGAAAAAGAGGAGGAAGAAAGGCUCUUUGUUUACCAGGAAGAAGCAGAGGAAAGAGGCGUCCAAAACAGUUGCUGCAAAGGAGAAAACUGAGGGCAGGCUGUCAGCUGCAAAUACCCGGACUGAGAGCACGCCCUCUGCUGUAGCAAAGCAGAAAACCGAGGGCACACACUCUGCUGCAACAGGGCUGCAAACCAUGACAGCUCGCUCUGCUGGAAAGAAGCUCAAAUCUGUAAAUGAACCUGCAGAUGCAAAGGAGCAUGGAUCUGGGAACUCAUUCUCUGCAUCGACAGAGCAGAAAACUGGGAAGCCAUCCUCAGCAAUGAAGAGGAAAGAGGCAUCCGAAACACCUGCUGCAAAGGAGAAAACUGAGGGCACGGGCACGCUGUCAGCUGCAAGUACCCAAACUGAGAGCACGCCUUCUGCUGUAGCAAAGCAGAAAACCGAGGGCACACGCUCUGCUGCAACAGGGCCUGAAACCAUGACAACCUGCUCUGCUGGAAAGAAGCGCAAAUCUGUAAAUGAACCUGCAAACGCAGAGGAGCAUGGAUCUGGGAACUCGUUCUCAGCAUCGAUGGAGCAGAAAACUUGGAAGCCAUCCUCAGCAGUGAAGAAGCAGAAAACUGAAAAGUCGUCCACUGCUGCAAAGAAGCAUGGAUCUGGGAACUCAUCCUCAGCAUCGAUGGAGCAGACGAUUGGGAAGCUUUUCUCAGCAGUGAAGAAGCAGAAAACUGAAACCUCGUCCACAGCUGCAAAGAAGCAUGGAUCUGGGAACAAGUCCUCAGCAUCGAUGGAGCAGAAAACUGGGAAGCCAUCCUCAGCAGCGAAGAAGCAGAACACUGAAACCUCAUCCACAGCUAGAAAGGAGCAUGGACCUGGGAACUCGACCUCAGCAUCGAAGGAGCAGAAAACUGGGAAGGAUCCUCAGCAGUGA